AUGGCAAGCGAGACUUCUUCAACUGCAACCCAAACAACUGCAGCCCACAGCUGUCUGCCAUUCUCACCUUCACGACAUGACCACCCGGAGAUCUCCCAGGCUCUCGAGGAUAUCCCUCGAUAUCUCUUCCGGGUCCAUGCACCCAGCACGGCUGGCGAAACCACGGUCGAGCAUGUCCUUUCAAAGGCGGCAGCACUGGGCAAGACCGGUGCUACUACCGACAUAUUCUCAAUGCCAGUCCGAGAAGCUGCAGAGAUGCUCAACUGCCACCUCCGCAAUUGGCCCCGUGACAGCGACAACCUCAUGUCAUGGUCCAGCUCGCUCCUGUUCGCUCUUCAAUACGCUCUCUACCGCAACAUCAAGACCAACCCCGAUGACCUCUCAGAUAUUCAAGUAUUCGUGCUGGACACCUCUAGCCUGCCCAGAGGCGCAUUCAUCUCGGACACUGCCCUCUUGAAUGUCUACAUAGGCAAGGAUUCACACAGAGAGUACAAUCUCUCCAAAAUACGACAUCUCCGCCGGAACACCUCGUACAACUUUGGAGAGUACUUGUGUCAAGGGUCGCUGUCCAUAGAAGGCCACUCCACCUCCGCCAGCCUGCAGGACAUCAUAAGCCAUGGCCUAUUCAAGCUGUGUCCUGAGAUGCAGGAGCCGAACGAGAAGCCAGAGCUGGCCAAGAGAGUCUGCAAGUUGCGGACAGAUUGCUUCGCGGUCACAAUUUCUGCAACCCGGCUCGAGGUUCGCACGGCAUUGAGUCUUGCGAUCGGUUGCUUCGGGGACGAGUGGGCGUUGCCGAUGAUGGCUGCCCUGCUAUCAUUCCGCAGGCGGCGUCGUAACGACUCGGUGAUCAUUGACGCUUUCGAGGCUAAUUUCUCAGGCAAAGAGAUGCUGCGACAUGACCUGGGAGCCCUCAAGUCCUUCUCGCACGAGAAACUCCCCGAGGUUUACCAGUUUGAGAAGAUCAUCCAAGACGUCCACAGCGACCAGUGCACAAGAGCGCUGGACUCUGUCAUAGCUUCAACAAUGAAGCUCUCUCUUUCUUCUCAGUCACCUGCGACACCUGCGAAGUUUGUACCACUGAUUAACUACAUUGAUAUUGAUGAGGAUGAAAUAUGGGAUGUGUGA